AUGCCGGCAUCGAUCAAGUCGCUUACGCGUGAGCUCGCCAGAUAUUGCCGACAACAAGGCUUCAAAGCAUUCAAACCUUACAAUGCGGGCAUGAUAGCGGACACGGUGAGAUUAAUGUACGCAUUCCACGACUCCGACCCGGUGCUGGAAGAGGAAGCGACGGAGAUUCGGGGGGACGGGUCAGAGCCGAGGACCAAAGCCCGACAGUGGCGACGAUUGCCGUACCACGGCAUUCACAACCGCGGGUUCCGCAGCGUGUACUUGCUCGAGAAACCCGUCGACGGACUACAAGCCGACAGCCAAGUCGGCUUCUGGGAAUUCCGCAACCCGAACGUGAGUCGUUACUGUCAUUUCCUUCAUUCUCCGGACCCGUUGUUCCCCACGCUGAGGACCGAUGAAAAAUGA